AUGGGUUUAUUCACGAAGAUGAAGGUAGAGUCUAGCCACAUCGGCGAAGACUCGGACAAAAACCCCCGCAAUGAAGCUAUCCCAGUGAAUCCCCCUGUGAGCCUACUGGGCCAAGGCAGUCCAGGUGUUCGACGGAUCGAGAUCGUUACAUCGCACUUCCGACUAUGGGAUCGGGUUGCUCUCUUCCUUGCCAUUUUCCUGAUCGCUUACGUGUACGGGUUGGAUGGAACUGUUCGUUACACAUACCAGCCCUAUGCCACGCAAAGUUAUGGCCAACAUAGUCUUCUUGCGACCAUCAAUGUUUUGCGAGCUGUCAUCGCCGCUGCUGCGCAGCCAACUGCUGCUAAGAUUGCAGAUGUAUUUGGCAGAGCGGAAAUGAUUCUCGUCUCGAUCGUCUUUUACACUGUAGGAACUGUUGUGGAGGCAUGCGCGACGAAUGUCCAGGCUUUCGCAGCAGGUGCUGUGAUUUAUCAGAUUGGAUACACCAGUAUUAUGCUCUUGGUGGAAGUCCUAAUUGCCGAUGUGACUUCUAGUCGGUCUCGUCUUCUCUUCUCCUAUAUCCCGGCCUUGCCGUUCCUCAUUAAUACGUGGAUUAGUGGCAACUUGACUGCUGCAGUUCUCAAGGUCACUUCAUGGGAAUGGGGCAUUGGUAUGUUUGCUAUCAUCUAUCCCGUGUGCUCUAUUCCUCUUAUUGCGGUUCUCUACAUUGUCCAUCGACGAACGAAAAAGACUGGAUCACUCGAGUCCUACAAAAGUUCGCUCCAGUUAUUGGGAGGACGGCAACUGGCUGUAGAGCUUUUCUGGCAUCUGGACGUCAUUGGUAUGAUUCUCUUGCUUGGUAUGUUGGCUUGUAUUCUCGUUCCCUUUACUCUCGCCGGAGGCGUGACGGCGCAAUGGAAAACUGCCAAAGUGAUUGCACCACUUGUGAUCGGAAUUUUAUUGAUUCCUGUUUGGAUCUGCUGGGAGAGAUACUGCAAACACCCAAUGCUACCCUUCAAGCUAUUCAAAGACCGCGCAGUUUGGGGUGCCCUUGGAAUCCCGAUCAUGCUCAACGCUGCGUGGUAUUUGCAAGGUAACUUCUUAUACACGGUGCUUUAUGUGAGCUUCGAUGAAUCUGUCCUCAGUGCGACUCGAAUCACCUCUCUUUACAGCUUUGUUUCUGUUAUAACGGGUGUUAUUCUCGGACUCAUCGUUAUCAAAGUUCGCCAAUUAAAGCCUUUCAUCGUGGCCGGAACCUUGCUCUUCAUGGUGGCUUUUGGAAUCCUCAUUUACUUCCGAGGUGGCAGCUCGGGCUCCACUCAUUCCGGAGUCAUUGGCGCACAGAUUUUACUGGGUAUUGCUGGUGGAAUGUUCCCUUACCCAGCUCAAGCCAGUAUCCAGGUUGCGUCAAAGCAUGAACACGUUGCUGUGAUAACCGGACUAUAUCUCGCAUCGUACAACGUGGGCAGCGCAUUGGGAAACACAAUUUCUGGCGUCAUCUGGAACCAAGUCCUGCCCUCCGAACUAAACCGCAGACUGGCCAAUCCAACCCUCGCUGCGUAUGUCUACGCCCAGCCGCUUGCAUUUGCAGACGCCAAUCCUGUGGGAACUCCCGACCGAGACAAUGUCAUUCUCGCCUAUCAGAAGGCACAGCGUCUUUUGUGCAUCACGGGUAUUUGUUUGACAGUCCCUUUGAUUGCAUUCGCUCUGGUGAUUCGCAACCCAACCCUCACAAAGGAACAGAGUCUGGCCAAGGCCGAGGAGGAUAGUAUUGACUCGGGCGCCUCUCAGUCGUGA